AUGCCACUGGGAGAAGAGGGAAAUACUGGUUCUGGCAGACCUUCCUCUCCUUCCCAGCCGACUGUUGGGGUCAUUUCCCCUGUUCGUCUUUCAGCUUCCACUUAUUCUGAUUCACCUGCAGGGGAACUAGCAGUAAAAGGUAAUGCCCCUAUUCGGAAAAGACGAAAAUUGAGUGUGGUGUCGUCGUCGCACAAGGAGACUGAAUCCGAUGAUGCGGGCCUUCGUCCUCGUAAGAUGCGUAAGACUAUGUCCAUGGCUAAGCUUCUUGUUGGUAGCCGGGACUUUUUUGGUGAAAAGUUUUAUGUGCCUAGGCAGGAAGACAUGGUGGUGGUACCUAGUUCUUCAAUAACACCAUUGUCGCUGUUUACUGACACACUCUCAGUUGAUCCUGGUUCCAGCUCCAUGUUUAGGAGUGCACUAGGCUCACCUAGAGGUUUUUCCCAGCUGGAAAAGCCUUCCAGGGUUGACGAAAUAGGGAACUAUGUCUCCCCCCUUGUCUUUUGA